AUGAAAGAUUCAAGUAUUAUUGGAACAAUCUGUGAAACUAUAAAAGAUUAUGAGAAUGAUUAUAAACAUCUCAGAUGUGAUGUUCAUAUUGAAAUACUUCGAUAUAUCGAAUUCAAAAUUAUAGCUGAAUAUUUAAAUGCUAUUGCAAGCAGAAAAUUAACAUGCACAGAAUAUUGGAAACGUUGUGCCAUUGCGGAAUGCUUGCAAAAUGAUGUUGAAGCACUGAAUAUAACUUUUAAUCCAUUAUUUGCACAACUUAAUUAUGUUAAUAAGGGGGAAAAUUUAACAAAUGUAUUGCAUUCAGUUGCUGAAUUUAUAACACUUCGUGAUAAGGGAAUGCUUUUGUUGGAAAUAGCAUCAUUACUUCGUAAAUAUCCAGAAAUGACACAAGAAUUCCUUUUCACUCUUACAGACAUUCGUGAUGAUGUAACGAGCAGCGAAUCACGGGCGUUAACGGAAGAUUGCAUGAAGAUGAUCGGUAAGAAAGAAAGCGAUCCGGUAUUGAAACAACUGUUCCAAAUGGCAAAAGGUGAACGGAAAACAAGUCAAGUGAUUAAAGAUGUUGUUCCAAGAAUACGACGACGAGUUAAAGUGUCAAUUACUAAUCAAUAA